AUGUCGCGGGGUGGUGGCAAGAGUGGUGGGAAUCGGAAUCGAAAGUACCGCGCAAUUGGACCUUCCCCGACGCAGCUCAAGUUCAUCGAGGGUUUGAGCAGCUUACCACAAGAGCUUUUGAACACCGUAUUCCGUUACAUAUUCCUUAACGACUACUCGCCCAGCAUCGUGUACAAGCUCGGGCUGUUACGUGAAUGCAAAGAUGUCCGCAUAGUGACCGCACUCAAGGAGAGUAUCGACAUGAAUACUAUGAUCCGUGUCGGCCGCCGAAACCGAUCAAGAGAGUUGAUCUCGCAGCACUGGUGUUCUCUAGGCCGACUGGAGAAUAUCGCCAUAACCGUUCCCGAUUCAAAGGCACCCGUCGUCAACCCAGAUGACGUCAAAGCCGAGUUCCAAAAGCUCAUCUCCAACAUCAACGUUCAUUCGCUCCGCUCUCUCUACUUCACGACCUGGUCACGCUUGGAUAAAGACAACUACGCUACUCUUUCGCACUUCAUGUUGUCUGCUCCGUCGUUGCGCAAUCUCCUACUUCCAGCAACCAGCUACAAACAUACACGAGGCGUUAAGAUCAACACAUGCCUCAAGUACGACGACGGCACUCAACUCUGGACUCGAAUCAAUGCCGACCUUGAAAUAGCGAAAAUCUUCCUUCAGCGAGAAGGAUUGCGCAAGCUAAAUUCCAUUACACUGGUUGGCCAGACCGACCCCAAAGUCAAUGUCGCUCAAACUGAAGAUAUUCGCCGGUUCUUCGAGCUGACGGAGUCCGCAAGCCAUGAGACUCCAGUCCAGAUUCAAGAGCUGUUUGCAAUCGGCGUUGAUCUCGCUGAAGUUACAAAGUUUGUCUCAUUGAGUCAUUUGAAGCAUCUGUUCACCUGGGAUUCUGAUAAUGUCUUCGAGGCUUUCUCAGGCUGUGAGUCUGCAUCGCUUCUAAUCGAGAGGCUCAAUUGGGUUCACACCAGAACGGCGAUUCGUAUGAGUCAGAGGAAUGAGGAAGAGGUGCUUGCUUUCUUUGCUAAACUCAUACACUUGAGGCGGCUUCGCAUCCAUCAUCGAUCGCAGUUGUACAUGUGGUACUUUCGUGAACAUUUACACGAGUAUCUCACCAGGGAACUUGAGAGCGCAUCAAUGACAUCUGGAGAUACAUAUCAUCCAAAGUUUCACACACGUCAACCAGAGGAGAUAUGGGGUUUCCAGUAUAAAGGUCUCAAAGACAUCAAUCUCGCCUUGGGUGGAGUUCAUAAACCCUUCCAGGGUAGAGACGCCGCGGAGAAUGCGCACUUCAAAUCUGUUAUCGAGAGAUAUGUCAAGAGAGUGAGUCACUGCAAGAAGCUGGAGAUCUUUGCUCUGAGUGGUUCGCAAGAUACCAUACAAGAAAAGAAGUGCUCCAGUGGGCCAGUUGUUCGAGCAUACCGAGAGGUAGCCCAACAAGCCGCCAACGCCUUGAAAGAAGUUGGCUUGAACCCCAGUAUCAUCUCAAUGCAUGGAAAGGAGCCAGUGCUCAAAGCUCUGAAGACCGCAGACAUCACGCUGAGCGAAUCGGAACGCCUCUUCAAUCUUGGUCUAAGCAGCACCCACAACUUCCAUAGCUAUCUCGACAAACAAGCUCCAAUGAUGCCUUCUUGGAAAAAGACACUCAAGGAACAUUGGGCUAUGCAGUGGCUGGCGGAAUAUGCAGGGACGUAA